AUGUGCAGUGCCAUAGGGCGCCUCGUCUCUCCCGUAAUUAACAUGGCGGCCCUGGCCUCUUUCCAGCCGAGCUCGGGCCCAGAUGUUCUGUAAAGCCCUAGCACUGCUGGUGCGUCCUUGUGAUAUUUUGGCUGCACCUCCCUCAUGUCUUAGCCCGACAAGUGCCGGGAUGCCUUUCACAUUCGACUACGAACAACGUUUGCGUGCUGUCCGCCGGAGGUACCUUUGACACGCACGGCGGCAGGGGCAAAGGUGGCUGCGAUUACAGGAAGUAUCCCGUCUCCACCGGCCUCUAGGUUUCCUGCCGCGUAAAGACAGACGGUAAAGACGGAACUCGGCUCAGCGCGGUGAUUGGUCCAUUGUGAAUUCCGAACGUUGUGACUGGUCCGUCGAAACGUCUCGGAGCGCGCGCGGGAGCGGAGGCUAGCCGGCACCUCCGUGGUUAGGAUGGCGCUGCUGGAUCUUGGAAGAGACCUGCUGCCUUGGUGUCCGCUGGAUCUCAACCUCGAAUGGGUGAACACAGUGUGGGAACUGCACUUCACGGAGACUGAGCCUUUGGAUCCCAGCAUAGUAGCAAAUAUCCUAGAGACUGGAACAGACGCAUUCACAAAACUCUAUGGAAGCCUUUUCCCCUUUGCUACUGAAGAAAGUGGAUCUUUAGAGAGCAUCUGGACCUUCUUCAUUGAAAAUAAUAUUUCCAGUAAUACGCUGGUGGCAUUAUUCUGUCACUUUGUUCAGGAAGCCCAUAAGAAAGGCGCCAGUGCACAAUAUAGAGAAUACGGCCUUCAUGCUGCUGGGCUCUACUUCCUGCUACUGGAAAUACCAGGCAGCGUAGUCAAUCAAGUGUUUCACCCAGUGAUGUUUGACAAGUGCAUUCAGAUCCUGAAGAAGAGCUGGCCUCAAGAAUCAAACUUGAAUCAGAAAAGAAAAAAGGAACACUCCAAGAGUUCUAAAGAUAAUUGUAGGAGGGGCAGAAAAAGAGGAAAACCACCUAGGAAAGAGGAUUAUGAGGUGGAUGACUUGUCAAGAGAGGAAGAAGAGGAGGAAGAGGAGAUCUGCUUUUCUGCCCAGGACCUUUCUCAAAUACGAAAUGCCAUAUUUAAUCUUCUAAAGAAUUUUUUAAGGCUUCUGCCCAAGUUUUCCCUUAAAGAAAAGCCACAGUCUAUUCAGACUUGUAUAGAGGUGUUUGUUGCGUUAACUAAUUUUGAGCCAAUUCCUCAUAAAUUUCUUGUUUCACAAGCCAGGAAGCUUAAUGAAGUAAGACACAUAUCAGAGCUGGCCUAUUAUGGAUUGUAUUUGCUGUGCUCCCCAAUCCAUGGAGAAGGAAGUAAGGUUAUUGGUUCUAUUUUCCAUCAAAUGCUCAAUGUAAUAUUGAUGUUAGAAGUAGGGAAGAGGUCCCAUUGUGCCCCACUGCCCAUAACCUCAAAAGUCAUCAGCUGUAGAAACCAGGCAGUCCAAUUUAUCAGCUCACUUGUGGAUGAACUGCAAGAAAGUGUAUUCCCAAUCCUUGUUACCUUACUGCAGCAUAUCUGUGCCCAGGUGGUGGAUAAAGCAGAGUAUCGGACUUACGCAGCACAGUCCUUGGUCCAGCUGCUUAGUAAGCUUCCCUCUGAGGAAUAUGCUACAUUCCUUGCCUGGCUUUACAAAUACUCACGAAGUUGCAAGAUUUCACACCGGGUUUUCACUCUCGAUGUGGCUUUAGCUCUUUUAGAGCUGCCUGAAAGAGAGGUGGAUGACACUGUAUUAUUGGAGCAUCAGAAGUUUCUAAAGCAUAAGUUCUUUGCGCAAGAAGUUUUAUUUGAUCGUUGCUUAGACAAGGCACCUACUGUCCGCAGCAAGGCACUGUCCAGCUUUGCACAUUGUCUGGAGUUGUCUAGCGACACAUCAGUGAUCUUCAGUAACAGUCCUUUAGUUUCAGGAAUACAGAGUUAUUCUGGUACCACACUGAGACCCUCAACAGUGUUAACCACUGGGAAUUGGCACUCAACGCAAAGCAUCCGUGGUGACAGUGGUGAGAGAACUCCAUCUGGAGAGAGAUACAUCAUGGCAAUGCUGAGAAAAAGAACCAAGGAUGAAAAAACCAACGUCAGGAAGUCUGCACUCCAGGUGUUAAUAACUAUUUUGAAACACUGUGACAUCUUGAGUAUGGAGGAGGACCUGCUGAUCCUACGGGACCAUUGCCGAGACCCCGCCAUAUCUGUGCGGAAGCAAGCCUUGCAGUGCCUUACAGAACUUGUUAUGGCCCAACCUACAUGUGUCCCGGUCCAGAAAGCCUGGUUGAUGGGAGUCAUCCCAGUGGUGAUGGACUGUGAGAGCACAGUGCAAGAGAAGGCCUUGGAGUGCCUGGAUCAGCUCCUGUUGCAGAACAUUAAGCACCAAAGGAAAUUCCACAGUGAAGACAGAAGUCAGGUGCUUGCUUGGGCCCUACUUGCUCUCCUCACUACAGAAUGCCAGGAUCUGAGCCGCUAUUUAAACAAGGCUUUUCAUAUCUGGUCCAAGAAAGAUAAAUUCUCAUCCACUUUUAUAAACACUGUGAUAUCCCACACCGACACAGAACGUUCUGCGCCAGCCUGGAUGCUGCUCUCCAAGAUCACUUGCUUGUCACCCAAGACUGACUACACCAAAAUAAUGGAGUCGUGGGAGAAACUCAGCAGAGAACAGUCUCCCAAUCCAAACACCUUAGGUUAUAUGCUGUGUGUCAUUGGGCAUAUUGCAAAACACCUUCCCAGGAGCACCCGGGACAAAAUCACUGGUGUUGUCAAGAGCAAGCUCAAUGGAUUUCAGUGGUCUCUGGAGUUGAUCAGUUCAUCUGUUGAUGUGUUGCAAGGGCUUUGCAGAGCAUCUGCUAAGACGCUGCUGGAAGAGCAGGAACUGCUGAAGCAGGUGUGUGUGGAUGUGCUCUCCACCUGUGAGCACCACCUGUCUAACAUCCUUCUGAAGGAAGAUGGGACAGGGAACAUGGAUGAAGACCUGGUAGUGAAAUGUAUUUUCACCAUAGGAGAUGUAGCCCAGUUGUGUCCAGCCAUAGUAGAGAAGAGAGUCUUCCUUCUAAUCCAGUCUAUCCUGGCUUCUUCUGCUCAUGCGGAUCACUUGCCGCCAUCUCAAGGAACCACAGAUGGCCUAGCCAAUGAGCUGCCUUUCCAGGUCAGAAAUUCUGCCAUGCCUUCCGUCAUUAGAGCACACGCCAUCAUCACUUUAGGAAAACUGUGCUUACAGCAUGAAGACCUCGCAAAGAAGAGUAUCCCAGCCCUUGUUCGAGAACUUGAAGAGUGUGAGGAUGUGGCUGUCCGCAACAAUGUCAUCAUUGUGAUGUGUGAUCUUUGUAUCCGGUACACUGUCAUGGUGGAUAAUUAUAUUCCCAAUAUUUCUGUUUGCCUGAAGGAUUCAGAUCCGUUUAUCCGAAAGCAGACACUGAUCUUGCUUACCAACCUCUUACAGGAAGAAUAUGUGAAGUGGAAAGGCUCUCUGUUCUUUCGAUUUGUCAGCACUCUGGUAGAUUCACACCCAGACAUUGCCAGCCUUGCGGAGUUUUGCCUGGCGCACUUGCUGCUGAAGAGGAACCCUACCAUGUUCUUCCAGCACUUCAUUGAGUGUAUAUUCUACCUCAACAGCUAUGACAAGCAUGGGCAGUAUAACAAGUUCUCCCAGUCAGAGAGGGGGAAGCAGCUGUUUUUGCUAAAGGGAAAGACAAACAAGGAGAAGCGAAUGAAGAUCUACAAGUUUCUUCUUGAGCACUUCACAGAUGAGCAGCGAUUCAACCUCACUUCAAAAAUCUGCCUUAGUAUUCUGGCCUGCUUCACUGAUGGUAUCCUACCCCUGGACAUGGAAGCCAGCGAAUUGCUCUCAGAUACCUUUGACAUCCUCAGCUCAAAGGAGAUCAAGCUGUUGGCAAUGAGAGCUCAGGCAUGCAGGGACCUCCUGGAGGAAGAUGACAUGGCUCUGGCAAAUGUGGUCAUGCAGGAAGCCCAGAUGAAGAUCAUCUCACAGGUUCAAAAGAGGAAUUUCAUAGAGAAUAUUAUUCCAAUCAUCAUCUCCCUUAAGACUAUGCUGGAGAAAAAUAAGAUCCCUGCUUUGCGGGAACUCAUGAACUACCUCAGGGAGGUGAUGCAGGAUUACCGAGAUGAAAUCAAAGAUUUCUUCGCAGUUGACAAACAGUUGGCAGCUGAACUUGAGUAUGACAUGAAGAAGUACAAUGAGCAGCUAGCCCAGGAACAAGCACUGACAGAACAUGCUGAUGUGCUCAAAAUGGCUGAAGGUGGUGACAGAGCACAGGCCGUGCAGGUUGCUCCUGACUUACAAGCUGUCCCUACUGUUGCCAGCCAAGAAAAUGCUAACAUGUCUCCAGCCAAGAGCUUGCCUUCAGCACCUGGGUCCAGCUUCACACCAGUUUUGCGUCCUACAUCCGAAAAUGGGCCUCUGAAGAUAAUGCCCAAUGCCAGGUCCAUGUCCCUGAGUACCAUCGCAAUCCUGAAGUCAGUCAAGAAGGCUGUAGAGUCGAAGAGCAGGACUCACAAUCGCAGCUUAAGAGUGUUGCCUUUCAGUGUAGACAGCCCAGAAAAACCCUGCAGCCAUGCAUCUUCCUUAAGCCUGGAGCAAGAGGCUGAUAGAGCUGUCAAAUCUGUAACUAAUCGGGCAAUAAGCACCCCAGAGGGCUCCAUCAAUGAUGUCACAUUUGGAGUAGGGGUCAGUUAUAUAGGGACACCAUCAACUCUGUCUUUUACCAAAGAAAGAAUCAAAGCACAAGAUGAAGAAAGUAACAUUUUGUGUUUAUCGCUGCCUGAUAAAUCGUCUCAACAGUCUCCACAGUGGAAUGUAAAGUCUUUAGCCGGGAACAAAGGCAACCCAAGAUCCAGCAGGAGGACCCUUCGCUAGACCCCCUGAACACAGCCAGCUGAAACAGUGCAUCAGCAGUAACGGAAGGCAGGGAGAGACCUGCAGGGACAUUGGCCUUUCCCGUUUUGAGGGGAAGGAUCAUGUGGCCUGCACCUGCAGGUGGAGCGUCUUCCAGGUCCUUCCAUAGAACACCAGCCUGGGUUUGUUCACCUUGUGUUUGGCUAUCCAGCCUUCUGUAUCUCUCUUUGUAUCACUGUAGUUGAUAUUUGUAAAUAGAAAAAUGACAUAUUGAGGCUUUCUUACAAUAAUAUUAAGCUAUUUAAUAUUGUGACAUUCUAUUUGAGUGUCAGACCUUCUGUGGUAAGGUACAAUCUGGUCUUUAAGGAACACAAUUUUAGAAACCAGUUUUCGUCUAUAUAACUCAAGUAUGUGAAUUCAUUAUAAUAGAUAUUUCCCGUUAGCUAAUGACAAAAUUUUAAAUGAAAGAUUUUUAUAUUAUUUAUAAUUCCAAAUUUUCAUUAAAAGAGGUAUACAGUCUUUCUAAAACAAAGCAAUAAAGGCAAAUGUAAAUAUAAUUUAGCAUUUAGUAUACUUUUUCUGGCCUUGGAACAAGUGUAGUAGAAGUUUUAGUUUCUUUAAAAACUCAGUUAUGUUAUGUAAAUGCGUUUUCGUUUUAAUCCCAAGUGUGGGAUAUGGGGCUGCCUUGGUUUAGCCACAGCUGAUGAUUGUCUUGUGCGGCUCAGAAGGGGGCAUGAUGCGUUCAUGGCUACAGUUAAUGGAAUUCUGAGGACUCAGACAGGGCAUAAAGAACAGAACCAGGAGAAAGCAAAGAACUCUGAGAAAGAAGAAAGCUGCUUACUCCCUGCAAUGUUGUUGGUUUGCUGGACUGCUAGAUAUCCUGAUGACUGAGAUGGGUAUCGCCCCAAAGAACCUGACAUCCCUAAUCAAGUAGAAAAAAGACCUAGGCCCCUGCUUCCCACUAUAGCUUCUUUCUCUCCUACCUAGUGUUGGGAUAUUGGAAGGUAUUAGGAGGGAUAAGGGGUGAAGAAGGGAGGUAGAGGCAUAAGAAACCAAUAAAGUAGGUAAAAAGUACAUGCAACCAACAAGGCUUUAUUGCUUAUCUUCUUAACACUGCAAUAAGUACUUAAGAUCAAAUCUUUCCCAUUAAGGUGUAGUUCAUCUGCCCAUCUGUCUUUGUUUCCAUAUAGAAACUUUCUGUCUCCCCAACAGAUAUUCCCAUUAGCACAUUAGGAAGGUAUAAUCCUGCUUAAGAUGAACCAGCUUCUUGACCCUUAGACAGAAUGGCAGUGGUACUGAUAUAUGUGACACUAAGGACUGCUCCACAACUGGCCAUGACUUGGGUCUCUUGUAUAGGUACUAUUUCAGGAACCCAAAGAAAGGGAAUUGAAUGUUCUGCCUUUUUGGAGACAAGCGUCUCACUGUAAUGCUUAGCAGGGUGAACUGGCCUGAGCUGGUCCUUUUGUUUCAGUCUUCUGAGUGGCAGAGAUAACAGGAAUGCUCCAGCACUCCUGUCGAGUACCACCCUCCUCCUACCCCUAUGUUAACCCAGGCCCUCACAGGCCUAGGCGAGCCCUCAACCAUUUGUAGUGCACAUGUGGUAGCUAAAUUCAGGGACUCUGCUAUAAAGAAGCUCUGACAUUUGUUGGACUAAGUGUCAUGGCUGCUCUUGAGUGAACAAACUUGGCUGCAGUCCAGAUGCUGGUUUCCUUAGCGUGGUGGAGUUGUACCUUUGCAGAGUAUAUGCCUACCAAAUGCUAAGAAUACAGGGUAAACCUAAUACAAAGAAAGAAGUGGAUUUGUUUUGUUUUGCUUUUACGUUUUUAUAAAUGACUGAGUUCUAACAACCAAA